AUGGGUAGGGAGGGGCAUGUGGUGGCGGCGGACCCGGGUGCGGUGGUGUUGGGGAAGAAGAAGAGCAUGACGGUGGCUCGGAGCUGGAUAAUGAUGGACGGCGCAGGGAAAGGGAAGGUGGUGGACGUGGACAAGUACGACAUCAUGCACCGCGUUCACAUCCACGCGCGCGACCUCCGGAUUCUUGACCCCUUGUUGUCCUACCCCUCCGCCAUCCUCGGCCGUGACAAGGCCAUUGUUCUCAACUUGGAGCAUAUCAAGGCAAUUAUCACUGCUGAAGAGGUACUGCUUCGGGAUCCGACGGAUGAAAAUGUUGUCCCUGUUGUUGAGGAGCUUCAAAGGCGAUUGCCUCCUUUAAAUGCCAUUUGCCAAGCUCAAGGCGGGCAGAACGACGUUGAGGCAGAAGAAGAAGAAGAUGAGUCUCCAUUUGAAUUCCGGGCGCUGGAGGUAGCUUUGGAAGCUAUUUGUAGUUUUCUUGCUGCGCGUACAAUGGAAUUAGAGACUGCCGCUUAUCCUGCAUUAGAUGAGCUCACCUCCAAGAUUAGUAGCCGUAACUUGGACAGGGUUCGUAAAUUGAAGAGUGCAAUGACGAGGUUGACUGCUCGGGUUCAAAAGGUUAGAGACGAACUUGAACAACUACUUGAUGAUGACGAUGAUAUGGCUGACCUUUACUUGUCAAGAAAGUUGGAUGGUUCAUCUUCACCAGUUAGUGGCGCAGGUGCUGCCAAUUGGUUUCCUGCCUCCCCUACCAUUGGCUCAAAGAUAUCCAGAGCAAGUAGAGGAAGCAUGGCCACAGUUCGCGGAGAUGAGAAUGAUGUUGAGGAGCUUGAAAUGAUACUGGAGGCUUACUUUAUGCAGAUUGAUGGCACACUGAACAAAUUAACCACGCUGCGAGAAUAUAUUGAUGAUACGGAAGAUUACAUUAAUAUUCAGCUUGACAAUCAUCGAAAUCAGCUGAUUCAGUUGGAGCUGUUUCUAAGUGCUGGAACUGUUUGUUUAUCCUUGUAUUCUUUGGUGGCUGGAAUAUUUGGCAUGAAUAUCCCGUAUACUUGGAAUAAUGACCAUGGCUACAUGUUUAAAUGGGUGGUCAUUGUCACCGGAUUAUGUUGUUCUUUUCUCUUUCUACUAGUUGUUUUCUAUGCUCGCCACAAGGGAUUGGUUGGUUCUUGAAUGCAUACACAUACAUGAAGUAUUCCUGCUAUAAAGGAGUCUCAAGUCUUCAAUUUUAAUUCACAAUCCGGAACAGAGAAUAUUUGGUUCAAAUUUUGAAUGUAUAAUAUUUAGAUGAUAUACUUG